AUGGCAAAUCAGAAACAAGGCAGUUUGGAUAUGUUCGAACAGACACCAGCCACCUUUCAACAAGCAAAUGAAUUGAAUCGUAUAAAAACCAAAGAGACGCAAGAUAUUUCUGUCAUUUGGCUGGACACCCACAUUCACAGCAGUAAUCCAGAUUAUCAGAAUGCCAUCACACAUCUUCAAUACAUUGUCAAUGAUAUUUAUACAUUCACUGAUAAUGAUGAAUGUAUCGAUUUUAUUCUCACUCUCACCGACACCGAUGUUUGUUUGAUCACCUCAGGAUCAGUUGGACAACGUCUUGUACCUUGUGUACAUGAUAUUUCAAACAUCGAUUCGAUCUUCAUUUUCUGUGAUGACCAAAAUCGACACGAACAAUGGGCCAAACACUGGUGCAAAGUGAAGAGUGUUUCCAUUGAUAUUAUACAUAUUUGUGAACAAUUAAAGAAACUCAUUCGUCGAUAUGAACUCAAUGCUAUUCCUAUGAGUUUUGUACAAUCUGGCAAACGACUAGAUCGACUAGAGCCAUCAUUUAUGUAUNUGUUUGAUGUUGAUGGGAUGGCUGCUGAUAACGCAGGCGGCUUCCGCACAAUCGUGGAAAGUGGAAACCAUUCCUAUGCCGGAAGGCCUCACCGCUGA